AUUUGCUGCCCCGAAACGGAUAGUAUUUACGAGUAUGGGUACAGCCCGCAACACUUUAUCCAAGAGCACCAUGAUCACAAAUUUUCGCGCCUUGCUCAAGACUCACUUACAUAUCCUUCAAUGGCUGCUGUAUCCUUCAUUUUUGUGCUGUUGUCUCCUCUUCUUCUUGUGUUUAAUCCCACCGGAUGGAGUAUUUGCCCAGCUUGAAGGUUUGUGGUGCUAUUCAAAUCAGUCUUAAAAUGAUAAAUAAAACGUUUAAAACCCAGACUAAAGACGGCAAAGGCAGUAAAAUGCUAAAACAUAAUAAAAAGUUAACAGAGCACUAAAAAAGACUUCACUAAAUUUGAGGUGAUGUAUCUUACAUUUAAGGCAAAGAAUGCCUUUAAAGUAAAAUGGUAUUCCAUAAGGUUUGAGUUUCUGGUUACUUUGAAUUAUUCGCCUUUGGUUGAUGUUAUGGCACAAAAACAAUUCUUGCACGUUGAAAAUUUGAGCCUAGCGAUUUUUCUUAAACUGUCGUUUCUGAUCUAAAUCAAUCUCUUCCUUUCACGUAAACCGGCAAACUCUAUUUUUUUCAUUCUAUAUAUUUUACUUACACGGCUUUUAUAAUAUAUAGUUUUUGUCGAUUUUCUUGAACUGACAAUUACGAAUUUUGAAUUAAUGACCAGGUUUCCACAGCCUUUUCAACUUUUGACGCGAGCCAGUAAGUGAAAAUUCAUCAACACGGCUGGAAAUCAAUGUUGCCGAGAAACUCGGUCUGAGUUUGGGAGUAAUAAAUUGAAAACUAAAGAAGGUUUUCCUCCGUAAAUUCGCAAAUAACUUUGCACACUUUAGUAUGGUGGAGCUGGUGGCGCUUCGGAUUACACUAUGGACUGACUCUUCCCUCGUUCCCGACGUAUCAGUUUCAAAUGUGCCAAUUUUACAAAGUUUAAGGCGCUCUUCCCACUGUUUUAGAUGAAUACCGCGGUAAACUGCGUCUUAUAAGUCCCAGGCUUAUACAUCUUCGUAAGGGGUUUUACGAGGGUUGAUAAAGGGAGGGGGCUUUUAACCGGAAUACAAAAAGUUCUUUGAAACAAGCUAUAGCAGUGCUGAUGAAAAAAAAACGUUUUGCGUUUACUGGUCUUUAAUUGAGCUUCAAAACGCCAGAGCUAGAGAAGGGCUUAUAAUCAUGGGUCUUAUAAGUGGGGUGCAGGGGGCGUUGGAGAUAUAAGUGGCAGUCUACGGUACUCACUAGAUGGUCCUUGACAAAGGUUGAAAAAAUACGUGGAAGUGUCUAGUAUUCUAAACCUUGUUGCAACAGUGACUUAACAAAUAGUUACGACAAAUUAUUUAGUUUAUUCGUUUCCUCUAAAUGUUAAAAAUUUUUUGUCCCGCAGAAUUUAACACCUUGUAUCACCGAGAUCUUCGCCAAGACAUUUUUGUAAAAGACGAUCACCAUUACUUGAAUGUACCCAGAGUUGGAACAUACGCCGUGUACGACACCCUGCACUGUGCCCUUCGAUGUCUAAGUAAUCCCUCCUGUUUUUCUAUUAACUUGGCCGCGUCAAAAGGAGCAGACGGGAAGCUCUGGUGCGAGUUGCUAUCUUCUGAAAAGAACAGCAGCCCUGGAGAGUACAAAAGAAACCAGAGCUCGCAUCACUUUUCCAUUAUGGUAUCACUAUUAUUUUCCCUCCACACCCCACCCUCCCCGUCCGCCGCCUAAAAGCACUGGUUAAACAACUUCACAAAUGUUCUCCCUCUAAGAUUUUCUCCCAAUAACCCGCCGACAUUUUUUUUAAAAUUAUGGCUUUUCCCGUUGUGUCUGAAAGAGGAUUCGGUCACUUUAGACCAUUUACAGCAGAACAUCUGCCUUUGUCAGAAUGCUUGGAUAGGUAAAACGGAAGAGGAGUUAUAAAUAGGAAAUUUGGUACCGCAGGUGUGUGUGUGGUCGUCAUUUUUAAUUUAUCUUCAAGUUGGUUAAAGGGGUAAAGCACACGUACGAACAAACAUGUCACUUAAAAAGUUAAUUAAAAGAGGAUUCAAUUGAAUGAGAUGCAUCACCCCAACGAUAACCUCUAGAGAUGUGUGUGUGUGGUCGUCAUUUUUAAUUUAUCUUCAAGUUGGUUAAAGGGGUAAAGCACACGUACGAACAAACAUGUCACUUAAAAAGUUAAUUAAAAGAGGAUUCAAUUGAAUGAGAUGCAUCACCCCAACAAUAACCUAUUUUUUCUCAUUUUUCACUUUACAUCUUUUACACAGUAAAACAGAACUUUCAUCAAUAUGAUCCUUACAAAGCAAAAAAUAACAUUUUUUUUUUACUUUUAGUCUGUGCCAAAAAUUUCGAUCUGAAACUUAAACCUCCGUCAGCUGUUAAAAGAUUUUAUGCGUCAGGAUCAUAAAUCGUUUUCACAUUCGUAGGCUGCAGAGACAAUCGUUUUUUGUCUCCUAUACACUCUUUUUUAGCUCAUGGAUGACGUAGUCGUGCGAUGGCCUUUUGGAGGCACUCGAAUGGCACUCUUUCACUCACUCACUCACUCACUCACUCGAUUCUCAUUAAUUUAUUCAUUAAAGUCAGAUGAAACACUUUACUCUUACCUCCCUUACUUAGUAUUACUUUUGUUCCAAGUGCCUUUUACGCAUAUGUUUGGAAUAUUCCGAGAGGGUACUAGUAAAGCGUAUUUUUUUUCCCCGACACAUCAGUUAUAGAAAUGGGUUUUGUAUAAAUGGAAAUAUUCUAAUGAACACUGAUAAUAUCAUCUGAAAGAAAUGGACUUAGAAAUGUUAAAAGGACAUCGAAAUUUUUGAGCGUGGAUCAUUGUUGUAUAUUUGGACGAAUUGGCCACAUUUUUUCCCGAUAUUACUUGAUAUGGAGAAGAUGCGAUCGACAGGAGUGUGAAAGAGCUAUCGCAGCCUGACUAUGGGAUUUCGUUCAGCAAAAAGCGAAUAACGAGACGUUGAGGAGUAUCUAUUGUGGUUUAUUGUUAUUUGGACGAAUCCAUUCGACCAUUUGUCUUCGUAUGCAAACAGCAGGGACUGAAUUAAUGUUGUGUCAACUGGAAGCACAGGUUUUAGAACCAACAAGCGUUACGCUAUUUUGCUUGAAUUCUUAGGUGAUCUUUGCCUUAAAGUAGGUUUUUGUUUGUCGGUGAUUCUAUUUAGCAGUGUUAUUAAUGUAAGUUCUACAAGAAAUGCUGCGCUUGUGUAGACAAGUCUCUAGGACAUUUAGGUGGAGAAAGGCAAUCGGAUACUUCGACUGCGUUUAAAUAAAUACUUAGCUAGAUCAGAGCACGUACAGCUAUUAAAAUAAUUUUUAGCUAGUGUUUAUCAAAAGCGCGUUCUAAAGCAGUUUAAUUUAGCCAUAAACGCCUGUAUUCUGUAUUUAAUAGCUCGUUCUACAUAUACCACGGGUACCCAACAUCAAUUUUCGGAAAACAUUUAUUCGGAAGACGAUUUGAGAUCUAGAAUUUUUGGAACAUUUUUUGUAAACUUUCUUGCUUGCCUGCCUCUCCUAGGAUCUUCGAACAACUAAAAAAUCGUAUACUUGCCCAUUCCUAACGGAUUUUUACCCUAAAAAGGUCGCCUAGAAUUUUCGGGAGCCUUUUUUCUGCCUGAAAUUUUCGAAAAGGUAAGUUUUGAUCCCUAUAAUUUUCGGAUCACUAGACUUUCAGCUAGGAAAUCCGAACAAAUGAAAAAAUUUUAGGGGAUAAAAAUAUGCCUAUAUCUAUCGUUUAAAUACUAAAUUACGUUUGACAAUGCUAUGUUUAAGUGCUUUUAAACUAUAUUCUCGUUGGGUGGCCCUAAUAUACUAACCGUUACAUACUCUUUGUGAACAGCAUAUGGAAGCAUUUAUUUAAAAGCAUCGCACUUUUAGGAAACCUUCGAGGUCCAUUAAAAUAAUUGCUUAAAACCACGGUUUAAAUAAAACUCGGGCUUAUGUAAAACUUAGCUAUUUUACAAGAAAGUGCACUGUCGUUCGGAAAGUGUUUGACAUGUACAGUCACAUGACAAAGCAAAUUAUUUUACAACUAAAAAGCGUUAAUAAUUGCUUUUAAAAGUGAUCUUUUUGUUGUAAGUAGAAAUGCUGCGCUGAUAACAAGUUUCUAGAAUAUUCAGGUGCACAUGCAAUCGGAUACUUCGAGUCACGCUGUAUUUUGGCAAGUCCGUACACAAUGAACCGUUCAAAAAGAUUUAUAUGUUUUCCUUUGAUUAUUGAACUGUCUUUUCUACACUAAUUCAAUUCAUCCAUGAGCUCGCUCCUAGGAGCCUUUGAUUUCUAUAAGAAUAUAUUUUAUAAGAAUAUUGAAGCUGAAAUUUGCGAAAUUUUAAGAAUAUUUUAGGAAUAAACCCGAGGCUGAGAAUUUGAAAAGGAUUUGAAAAUCUGUAAAUACAGUACAUCAGUUUAUGUUUUAACUUAACCGUAGAAAAUUAUUUCUUUUACUAAACGGCAAGAACACUGGUAAUUGAAAUCCUAAUACAUCAUGUUCUAAAGCGGAAAAUGCCGUAAGCUGUAGUUUAUAAUUAGGAUUAAUUCAAGAACAUGUUCAGCCUAAAAUCGACAAAAAAUAACAAUAUUCAGCCUAGGCCGGAAAAUAACAUUGUUAUAUAAAAAAAAGAGUAUUUCGAAUUCGAACGUUACUCAACAGUACCGAUGGUGAUCAUAUUUUGAGCUUGGGUGACCUGUGAGUACACAGACAGUUUGAAUAAGCGGGUGCCGCAUAUUGCCAUUCAAUUUUCAGUCAUUGCUGGGCCGAGGAUUAGAAACUUGAUAUAACACUGAAUAGCAUAGUUACUGGUCAGAGUGUGUUUUUUGGGGGCAGGGGCGGUAAACCCAUGUCAUUUUCUCCCUGUAUGCUGCAAGUAGGUAGGGCUCUCCCUUUUAUGGCCUUUAUGGGGAGGUUCCGAACGAAAGGGAUUCCCUCUUUUCAUAGGCGUCCUGUAUGUAAAAGGGAAGCGAUUUCACUAUUGAACUAUAUAUAUAUAUGGCAAUCGGGUUGGGAAAACUGUCAUUUAAGAGGCCCUGCGCCUAAGAAACGACCGAUGAUUUCCGGCUAAAAAAUAAAAUCGGCCGAUUUUUAUCUCCCAAGUAGAGGUUACCGAAUACUAUUCAAAAAUGAAUUUCUUUUGUUUCAGUUUCGCUUUAAACCAAAAAUAUCGAGCCGCAAACUUUUUCCGUCUGAUAGCAGCAAAAUCAGGCCUAAAAUAAGCCUUCGCAAAAAACGGUUCGGAAAUCACUAUCGUAACCCAAAAUAGCGAGAAAACCACACAGUGAUAAAGAAAAAGGCCUUUUAAUGCAAUGUUAUUCGAUAAACAUCGAAAAACGGCCGAACGGAAUAAAAAAUAAAUUUUCAAGUAUUGCAUAUUAAAUUAGAUGGAGCGUUGGAGCUGAUUUUAAAAUAAUUAUUUCUCAAAAGUCCAACGCUGUUGAAAGCAAUCACAGUGAUGAAUCAGACAUUGGAGGGAUAUACAUUACGAUUCUGGAAAAACAUUUUUCGGCCAAAGUAUAUUGACGUUGUACAAACCGUUCAAAGUUGCAGUGUUUACCGUUAUCUUGCUACUUCGGCGAAACACUUCUGUGUUGGCAAUACGGCCGUGGAUAGCGUGGUAAAGGCCACUUUAAUCCUUGCUAGGCGCUCAGAGACCAUCCUAAGUAGAAGGACGUAGAAUUAAAAGAGAAAGGAACAUGAAAAAUAGGCAGAAAAAUCGAGAAAAAGAAAAGAACUCGAAAUUACCAUCUGCUGACGAAACUUGAAUCUGGAAAAUGUCGUCGCGUGACAGCGGCCAAUGACGUCAUUUGUCUAAACUGCGGCGGAAUCUAACGAAUGCACAACUUUUUUCCCGGCCAGAAAGCACUUAGUGAAACAAUGUUACAGUAAUGUUAUUUUUUCACAAGCGAUGGGGACUUAAAAAGAAAAAAUUCCCGAACCGCCGCACCGUUUUGGCCUCAGUGUGAUCUGAUCGUUGUGGGGUCACGAGUCGACGCUUCUGGCCAGCGGUCUAUUGAAAGAAAUCUGAUCCCAUGUUUAUUUUUUCGGGCGAGAAUCAUUCAUGUCAAUAUCCAAUGUCUUCCUUCAAGGAAAAAAAGAGAGAGAUAUUGGAGUACUGUUGCUCCCGAGAACGAGGAACAUCUUGGUCCCGAAAACUGAGUUCAUUACGCCCAAGAAUUACGAUUUUUUUUUCUCAAAUGACUAUUAUCUGGCGCUAUAAAAUGUAGCUAACUGAUUCAAUUCUUGACAUAAUGAUUAGCCUCGCGUUUAGUAUUUUCUUGGACAUGAAAAUAUCGGGGGUGACGCUAUUCGGUGGAAUGACGGACUGACGGAAUGACGGAACGGAAUGAUGGAAUACAUGGAAUAUUCUAAAAUAUGGAAUAUACGGAAUACGCUAAAAGGCAGAAUAAGAGAAAAAUCGUUUAAAAAGGGUAUACAUGUAUACAGUCGACUCCAAUAACUCGAACCCUCGCUACUGACUCGAACCUCGUGCUAACUCGAAGUAAUACUAAUUUUUGUUUCUCUUCAGAUCAUUUCUAUAUAAUUUUACCCUCAUUAACUCGAACCAUGUUUUAAGCGCGUGAUAAGUAAAAGAAUUGACUUACCGUAAUGAUUCGAUUUAGCGCCCUGGCGCUUAUUUACUUUCGGGACAGGGCGCUUAUUUCUUUUUUGAGAAACAACCAAAUGUUAAAAAAAGAAAUUUGAUAUUUAUUUAAAAACGAACAACAUUGAAACUGUAGCAGUAACAAAUACUGACGGUGAAUGCUCAGUUAACGCGAGGGACUUACCUUGAAACUUGUUGGGCACUUUGUCGAUGGAACUUUCCUUCCUUAUAUUCACCUUUCUUAAAAAAGCUCGAAGUCAAAACAAAGUGCAAGUCGAUUAAGGUAAUGGAUCAAGGAGACUGGAAAACGGACUUGUUUUCCCUGGAUCCUUCCUGGCCAGAACGACCAGCCGAGCAAUCUCCACAAAAUUUGAAGAAGAGAUCAUUCCUUUGAAGACUUUGAAGACUCUGGAAAAUCUAAAGCAAGCUACCGGAAACAUUUAGGCACAGGUGUGGCCCCCAUUAAUUGGUAGUACAAUCCUGUCAAGCUUAAGUUUACAAUUCUUUUUUUUAGAACAGCCGUUUUAUGAAAGUUAUCCGACAUUAGAUUCCUGUGAUACCGGACCCUUCACCCGUCAAGAUGGCUUUCAAAACCGUCAUAAGGUCUAUAGUGUGGCUUACGGCAGUACGAAAAUUGAAUUUUUAAUAUUGCCUCUGCUUUUUCGUCAGUCCAGUUCAAAUAAAAUACAGAAUAUUCUGUAAAUUUCGUGUUUUAGAGUAUUCCGUAUAUUGCAUGUAUUCCGCCCUUCCGCCAAAUAGGGUCACCCAAAUAUUGGGGAGGACAUCAUAAAAAAAUGUAGGAGACCGAUAGGACUUUUAAAUCGAUGAAAGUGCCUCAUUCAUUUUGCAACUUCAUUUUAUAAUAUGCUUCAUAAUUUGUUUCCACAAUAACAUUUAUGAUAUUUAGAUGAUAACCAAUAUGCACAACGCACAACUUGUCACAUUACCAAUUGGACAGCAUACCAUGCACUCAAACUCUUGCGCAGGAAAGUUACAGAAUGAAAUUAUUUUUUGCUGCAUUCAGUCACAUUCCUUUACACUGAAACCUUGGCUGAAAGGUCUCUUUUUAGAUCUGUAGAUUUGUAAGGUAUUUCGAAAUACCCGCACAUGUCUUUCAACACUAACAUUGAAAGAUGAAAGUUUGUUGCUGUGAUAAUUAUGACAAAGAUUGUAAACAUCAAAUAUAUAAUUGGAUGUUUUAAGCCCAAAUAUUCUAUCACCUCUUCGACAGCAUGGAGGGGGAAAUGGGGGCUUACGGUAUUGAGCUUUUUUUCAAGCGGUAUUUCGGUAAUUUGGAUUUUAAAGUGUGGUAUUGCGGUAUCAUUUAGCCCUGCGGUAUGCUUUAUUUCUUCCUUUUGGUUAACGGUAUUCGGUAAAAGAAGAUCCUUCACGGUAUUGCGCUACUGUUCAUUGCCCUCUCCUGUUUAAUGCUAGCCUGCGUAGCAGGCGUUUGGAUGACUACUCGCGUGUCUCCCUCGCGCCCGACCGUUCUCUCUUGCCCCACUACUUCCAAGCGCCUGCUACGCAGGCUAGUUUUAUGCACGUCAGUAUUGUUAAGACUUUAGAUUAAUGGUAAAUGAUUACCAUUACACAAUUUCUGACAGAUAAUCUCUGAUGAAAUUGGUAGGGUAUCUUUUUCGUUCGUUGUACCGAUCAAUUCGAGGUCGUCUCACGUUUCCUCGCAAAAUUAAAUUAAAUUGAUUAAAUACCGCAAUACCGUGAGAAAAAUUGGUAAAUACCGAAAUACUGUGUCAAAAAUCGACGAAAUACCGAUACCGCAUUUAUUUUCGGUAUUGGGUACCUACCAAUGUCCCCCCCAGCUUGGCAACUUCGUCACCUUUCUUCAGGUCCGCUGACCCCUACACGCGCUGACCCGUAACGUCCGUUGGAAUGUAUGUGACGAAAUACAAGCAGCCCACAUUCAAAGUACUUGGACGCUAGCUGAGGCUGAAUUCAUCAUCAUUAAUAGGAAAAACAUAAAACUGUUUCACUUCACGAUUUCUGGUGAUAGAAAGACUGUUUUUUUUUAGACUUAUAUUUCACGUAUUUGUUUGGAUCCCGCUGCAGUUCGGACAAAUGAACGCUGUCACGCGACAACAUUUCCAAGAUUCAACUCUCCUUAGCAGAUGGUAAUUUCGAGUUUUUCUCUUUUUCUGCGAAUAUUUCAUUUUCCUUUCUCUUUUAAUUCUAUAUACUUCUCUUUAGGAUGGUUUUGAGCGCCUAGCAAGGCUUAAAGUGGCGUUUACCACGCUAUCCUUGGCCAUAUUGCCAACAGAGAAGUGUUUCGCCGAAGUGGCAACUUAACGGUAAAUACGGUAACUUUGAACGGUUUUUACAACGUCAGUAUACUUUGGCCGAAAAAUGUUUUUCCGAAAACGUGAUGUAUAUCCAUCCAAUGUCUGAUUCAUCACUAUGAUUUCUUUCAGCAGCGUUGGACUUUUCAGAAAUUAUUAUUCUAAAAUCAACUCCAACGCUCCAUCUAAUUUAAUAUGCAAUAUUUGAAAAUGUAUUUUUUAUUCCCUUCGGCAGUUUCUCGAUGUUUAUCGAAUGAUAUUGCAUUAAAAGGCCUUUUUCUUCAUCACUGUGUGGUUUUCUCGUUGUUUUGCGUCGCGAUAGUGAUUUCUGAACCGUUUUUUGCGAGAGCUUAUUUUAGGCUUGAUUUUGCUGCUAUUAGACGGAAAAAGUUUGCGGCUCGAUAUUUUUGGUUUAAAGCGAAACUGAAACAAAAGAAAUUCAUUUUUGAAUAGUAUUCGGUAACCUCUACUUGGGAGAUAAAAAUUGGCCGAUCUUAUUUUUUAGCUGGAAAUCAUCGGUCGUUUCUUAGGCGCAGGGCCUCUUAAUAGUUAUUUAAACUGGGCUUUGAUUUAAAGAUAUAUUCUGAACAGACCCACCUUAUGUCUGUAUCGUUAACAAUUUAUUAUAAGCGACAUGAAAUGUUUGUCCUUUAUAUCGUUAAACGGUCUUUAUGUUUUUAGUUUUAGUUUGUGUUUUUGCCUUGUUUAUUUGUUUUAGACUGCGUGUCACUCUUCGCCUUGCCGUAAUGGUGGAACAUGUGUACCAAACUACAAAUAUCACACCUUUGACUGCGGUUGUAAAGACGGUUACGUCGGAGACUUAUGCGAAGAAGUAUUUGGUACGUUUCCCAUAAAAGGUUGUCAAAGGACAGACUUGCACUUUACAAUAGUAAUAAUGUAAUGAAACUUGACCUUGACGAAGAUACUUUCGAAACUCCAUGUAAGAGCGACCAAUCGUCCUCCCAUGGGCGAUCACCUAUCUAGAACACUAAACGUUUCUCAGUAAAAUCCCUUUAGUGUGGAACCUUUUGUAAACGAGCACCUCUCAUAAGCGACUACGACAAUUAUUUCGGGUGACGUUUUGUAAUUUUUCAUUGUUUUUAACUUCUAAUAAGCAACCAUGCACUUGGCGUCAUGGUCCGAUCUCUUUGUUUGCUGCAAGUAGCAUGUGUACUAAGCUAAUCAAAGUACAGUAAUAGCCCGCGUAUAAGAACCUGAAUUUUUCAAUUUAGCCUAAAUAGGUUCUUAUAUAAAUGGUACUUAAAGCAAAUUUAGGCUACCGAGGUUCUUAAAAUAGGUUCUUAUAUUUUCAUAUGAAUUUCAUCUGUACAUACUAUAUAUAUUGUAAAUAUCAUCUCAUAAUACAGUAUAAAUCAUUUAUUUGUACCAUAGAGCAAUGCCUAUAGGCGGUUCAGUGCAGGUACAGCAUAUGUCCUUAACAAAACAUAACAAAGAAACUCAUGUUGAUACCAAAUUCAUAACAAGCUCAAGCAAUGAGGAGAAGUGAAAAACGAAAUAGAUGAUGAUCUUAAUUCAGCAGUUUCUACCUAUACACUUUUACAGCAACCCCACUGAUAAGAACCUAACUUAAAAUUUUAGCCUAAAUAGGUUCUUAUGUGGAGGGGGCUUAAAAUGAAAAUUUUAGCCCAACAGGUUCUUAAAACCCAGGUUCUUAUACGCGGGCUAUUACUGUAUACGAAACCGUUUUAGCGACGAGAUGGAACUUCCACUGAGUCGUAACUAAGAAAUUGCAUGCAAUAAAUUCCCUCCAAAAAGCAGAUGAGUCCUGACAUCUUCCAAGAAAACACGUCCUCUGGCCUCUUCUCAGUAGAGUCGGCCUUGCGGUUUGAUUCUUGUAAGCGACCGCCUGCCAUUGUCAUUUUGGGUGUUCGCUUACGGAGGGUUUGACUUGGAUUUAUUUCUAAAGCCGCAUUUAUGAAAUCCUUAAGGUGUAGAGGGGGCUUAGCAUGCAGUCAAAUAGUAAAAAUAUUAAAGUAAAAAUAUAUAAAAUAUCUCAAUCAGUCAGUUCGGCGCCUAGAAGUAAGCCCAGGAGUAAAACGUAUACUAUUGUAGUGACUUUAAAUCGAGUUGAUAUCCUUUUUCCUUUAGUUCCGAAAUCAUGCAAGCAAGUGUACGAUCAUUAUGCAGACAAGUGAGUGAAAUUGUCAUUUAUUUAUUUAUUUAUUUAUUUUUGCCAUUUUGGCAUGUAUUGGCAGUGCCAGAUCCAGACCUUAGGAUAGGGCGGGGGGGUGGUCAUCCAGACCCUUACAUAAGGGGGGGAGCUGUGUCCAAAAUAAUUUUGUUUCGGCCCCUCGGGCCUCAGUUUAGUCUAAAAAUAAGGGGGGGCCAGGCCCCCCGGGCCCCUCCCCUGGAUCCACCACUGUAUUAGUUUGUAACAACAGAGAAUAAUGAACAGUCUUGGGUGCACGAAGUACGUUUACUGUGAGAUUUAACUCUUGUUUGAGUUCAAUAUUUUAGUCCUGGGUCAUCCAGAUCACUUGGUUUGCAUUAUAUAUACUGUCUUAAACAAUAAUUAUUUACCGAAGUGCCCACCUUGGCUUUUGUGCAGGUCCCAACGAAGCCAGCUGGUUAAACUUUUUUUUAACUCAAGACCAACUUCCGUUCUCUGUCAAAUUGGUGACUUUGGAUGUGGACCAGGGGGUUGGACGCCGGUCAUGAAGAUAAACGGAGGCAAGGUAUGAAAUUUGUGGAUGAGAUAUUUAUCCAAAUUUUUUCAAAUUCCAAUUCGACCCGGAAUUGUAGACGAAAAACCACUACGUGAAUCACCAUGCGAGCUGAGCCUGAGAAGGAGAAAAUUUAGGACGUUUUGCCUAAAUAACGUCAAACCUUUGAAGGUAGCCACAGCCCAAAAUUUCUGGACUAGACAAGCCUGUUUUCUCUCGUCAAACUGUUUUUUUCGAGUGCGAGCAUCCGUUUAUUGAUUAGACGAUGGUCAUAACCGAGUCUGCUGUAGCAAGCACACGGUUAUUAGGCCUGGGUUCGAAACUAUAUCCCAAGCACCAUGCAUUAAAUGCUCAACAAAGAUUUUACUCGAUCGAUUCAUGCAGUCUUUCUCGAGUGCGCCAAAAGAAAGACUGUGUUGGCGGGGUGUACGUGAACAUGUUACUUCUAAAUCUUUACUUUAUCUAUGCCACUUUUUAUUUUUUUUACCUACGUGUUGCGAAGAAUACCAGGCACCCGGCGUUGCCUUAAGACUACUUACAGUAUAAGAAUGUAUUCCGUACCUCCUCUUUUGCAAUUUGUCUCCCUACAAAACACUGAUUGGCCAUUGAACGGUAGUGGCUACCAACGCACCCACAAACCAGAUGGUUUGUUGGAAGCUGCUUGUUUAUCCUUCGAAUGGCAUCAGUGAAAAAACUAUUGUGUCAGUCGCUUGAGGUGGUUGGGUUGCGAGAUUUACAUCAAAAGUAAAAUAGGUUCACCGCUAUUUGUGAAUAAAUGACCUGUAUAUUGUUUAUUUACACUAAACAUUUGACCUCGCGUGGAAAGAAUGCUCAGUUUCUACUCCAUUUGAAUAAAUAUAAAUUUUCAGUAAAAUCCACGUGGCGUCAAUAUUGCGACCAGGUAAAUGACGUCACCAGUCACCCAGCAGCAGUGCAGUACCAACUAAGGGCUUAACUUUUGAAGAAGGCUUUGGUCGCUGUCGUUUCAUAUGAAAAAAAAAAAGAAUUGUUUUCCUCCUGGACCCAACUAGCUAUUCGUUUAAGCUGUCAAGAUUUUAAGCAGCGAAAUGAUCGAGGAUAGAUCUUCCCAUGCCUUACAGUAUAACAGACAAAAGCCGAACAAAUGAUUCGACCAUGAAUGAAUUUUCAUUUUUCUUUCCAAUGGUGAUUCGCUUAAGCACUAGUUGUAAAAAAAAUUAAUAUAUUCUGUAGUAGCUUUUAGCCACUAGCUGGCUGGAAAAUAUUCAGAUACAAAAUAGCACAAACUAAAUGGUGACAAUGAAGGCUCAUCGCUUUCGGCAAUGUUAUGAAGUUUUAUUGCGCAAAGAAUAAGGGGCACCCAACGAGAAUAUAGUUCAAAACUACUUAAACAUAGCAUUGUUAAACGUAUUUUAGUAUUUAAACGGUAGAUAUAGGCAUAUUUUUAUCCCUUAAAAAUUUUUCAUCUGUUCGGAUUUUCUAGCUGAAAGUCUAGUGAUCCGAACAUCAUAGGGAUCAAAACUUACCUUUUCGAAGAUUUCAGCCAGAAAAAAGGCUCCUAAAAAUUCUAGGUGACCUUUCUAGGGUAAAAAUCCGUUAAAAAUGGGCAAUUACACCAUUUUUUAGAUGUUCAAAAAUCCUAGGAGAGGCAGGCAAGCAAGAAAUUUUACAAAAAAUGAUCCGAAAAUUCUAAAUCUCAAAUCGUAUAUUUUCCGAAAAUUGACGUUGGAUGCCCCUGAAGAAUAUCAAAGGCCCUUUGCAUGACGAUUCUGCACUAUUAACGGAAGAAAGUGUUGCCAAUUAAACAAGCUUUGUUAACGGUAACCGGUCAAGUCGGGUGUUUCUUGGUGUUACGGAAACUAUUGUUUGUUAGCUUUUGUGUUGUGGUGUGGGUAUUGUUCAGUGUCUUUUCAAUCUUUUGUAUUACGUCAUUAGUGUCCGCAACACCAAGAAACCACCGUCAAGUCGCGCGAAUGUUUUCUCGCCCGAAGUUAUGUCACCCGUAACCAGAGUCGCCUGACUUAAAUGCGGAGUCAUGUCGCCCGAAUUUUAUCAGGUGAAGUGUACAGAGAAAGAAAGUUAAUUUUUGUUAUAUAAAGAGAGUGUGUUAAUUUAUCUCGUUCUUUAAACCAUCAUGAGACGAAACAAGCGGAAUGAAUGUGUAAUAUAUUUCGCAAUUUAACCAACUAAAACUAUAACAAAAAUCUCAAAUCUGAUUGGCUAUCAACUGUCCUGAUUUCAGCACUAAUAGAACAUUGUAAUAGGACAGCACGCGUCCUGCCUAUGUAAUUGGACAGCAGGCGUCAUCGCGCGUGCGCACACUAAAUGGCUCUUUUUCACUGCUAGCAAGAAAACUCUUGGAGUUUCUUGUGCUUUUUUCUAUUUCAAGAGGGUUAAAACAUCACAAAUUUUUGUAACAGUUAUGAUUAAUUGGUAACAGAACUUCGUUUCGUCCAAUUUUGUCUGUAAUCAUACACGUGAUUAAGCAAAUCGGACUCCAGCUCCGUGUCGUCCUAUUAUUAUGAUUACUGACUGAAUUGGAUUCCACUCAGUCCCAUUACCAUUAUUAAUCAAAACGAAACAAGCGCGAUAAAUGAGUAUAUCUCUCUAUAUAAUCUUCGAUAAGACGAAACAAAUGCGGCAAAUGGUAAUAGGGAUGCUAGGCUGAUUGUUGAGGCAUGAUAAAAUUUCGAGCCUCAUACUGUUCAGUAUUUCGACGACUUGACUAAACCUUCGGGCGAAAUAACUCUGAUUUCGGGUAACAUAACUUCGAGCGAGAUGACUUUUGGGCGACUUGACCGUAAACCUUGUUAACAUAUUGGAGAGUCUUGGAUCAGGCUUGAAAGUUUAUUUUAAGCAAAAGCAACAUCGUUUUGUGGAAUUUCUGUCGUUUCGUUGCUUUCUCUGCUUUUCGCUCUAAAACAAAAAAAAGCUCUUUUCAAAUAAUCGUUUUUGUUACAAAACUGCUGGCGGAGUGGAAAGGUAGCUCUGGGAACGAGGUUCACUUGCGUUCGUUGAGACUGUCUAAUGACCAAUAAAAAAAGUUCGACAAAUACUUAUUUUAAUUAACGCGAAGUCAGGAGUUACAAUGAAUAGCUAUUGUUGCGUCAUACAAUGUUAUAGCUUAAUUUUAGUUUUUCCUAUUUCUGUUCAUUUUCAUGCUAUUUUAGAGAACAUUUCACUUCAAUUCAGGGCUCUGGACAAACAAACAAUCCUUUAACAUUGACGGAGGGAAGACUGGGUUUGACGCAGAGGAGACCAAAUUGCCUUCCUACUGGAACACAUCCUUCUCUAAAAUCUGUCUCGGUAUUAAAAUUAAAAUUACCGGGAACAUCAGCUUUGCUGUCAUCGACAGGCAAGCGCACUCUUUGCAUUCCCUGAUUGCUGAUGGGAAAAAGCGUAAAACCUCGCUAGGACGUGACGCGUGGAAGGCGCUGAUUGGUUCACGGGGCUCCUUACAGAAGUACUGCAACGUUGAAGGAUUCAAUGUUAAAGGGAAAAUGGGAAGCGACAAUGUCGGCCGAAGAGCACGGGCAAGAAUUGGCAUCAUUAGUAACGAUUUUCACAACUGCAUUAGUUGUGAUUCCAGAAUCGGGUUUGGCACAGGUGGAGGUCCCGAUGACAACAAUGUUUGUGGCAAUGCGGCUGACGGAAAAUGGAAUCCAGACAACGGCGGCAAAAAUGUAACGGGAAUAGGUUAUAUCUUGGUGCAGUGAAACAAAAAUACUCGCACUUUAAGAGGCCAAAUUCAGUUACAGUAACAGCAACAAUUCGGAUUUAAUGCACUUCGUUAAAAUAAUUAUUGCGACCUGAGUAGCAAUCGUGUCAAAAACAAAAUGCUUGAAAUUUUACUAUUGCAACACCAAAACUGUUCGAUUACCAGGAGUUUGUAAUCAGACAGAUCAAAUCUGACAGUUAAACAGCCAACGAAAAUCAAAUAAGAAAAUGUUACAAGCCAAUAGUUUUUAACCACAUAGCAGCUGACUGCAGCUGCAGCAUGAAAAAGAGAAUGGACGAAAUUGUCUGGUCCAAUGGCUGUCAUUCAGAUACAUUUUUUUAAAAAUUCGAGAGCCUGAUUUAGAAAGCUUUGAAAAUGUAGAAAACGGUAAAGUUCCUCAAGUGUACGAUAUUUUUGCUUUGAGCCUAGCUGCAAGCUGAUGCAAUAAAAACUUUGUGCUUACAUUAAUAAGAUCUAAUAAAUAUUCCAAUACUAAGAUUCUUGAAUUUUGUUAUUGACACAAUUAAUUAGUAAUAGGACUCCGUGUAGGACAAUUCAGGUCAUUCAGGGAUAAUCGGGCUUGUAAUUUCAAAUCAGCCUCGCGCUGAUUUGAAAUUUGAAAUUUGAUUUGAAAUUUUACUUUACUCGUGACCAUUAAAAAGAUAGUAGACUAAUACACAGUAUCAUACCCUAAUUUCAUUGUUUCCUUUUGUUUACUUGUAGCCGCUCUUUUUAGCACUAAUGUUGAGUAAUCUCACCCUUUUUUAGUAUAUUAAUGGGGUAUUUCAAGAUCUUCACUUAUGGUUGUCCUUUGCAUACAUCAAGUUCUAGCGAAUUUAAGAUUUGAUUUUCCGGGCGCAUUUUAAUUAAACCCAGUCUAAACACAAGAAAAAGUCCAAGAAAUACUGCUUUAAAAUCACUAUGCAAUUAAUUAUAUAUGUGAUGCAUUGAGACUUACUAUGCACGUAAAGAAAGCUCUAGAGAGCGGUUUAUUGAGGCACUUGCCAUUCUACAUACGAGGUGAUAGCGUUCGGCCUACAACAGUCAGGGAAGGUACUGUAGCCACAACUUGUUUUUCCAGAGGACCAUUCAAGAUAAGAGGUAUCCCAGAGUCUAACCACAAAUUGAUUUUAGAGCUGCAAAGUUAUAAGGGAAACCUCUUUCAAGUAAGAUCAAAGUAGAACUUAGAGAGUACUACUAUUUCCGAAAAUCAAAACGAUUAUUGAUCUGCAAGUCUGCGGUCCAUAGUCCCAGACGUCUAGUGAAUUGGCAGAGAGGGCCUGGAAAACGCUGAACAGGGACUAGGCAAGGAAGCAGCAACGCCGACAGCGACGGCCGCGAAAACGUCACCAAUAAAAGGACAACUUACUCGCGGUCUAAAAUAUCAAUUAAACUGAUUUACGUUCUCGUUGCCGUCGCCGUCGCCGUCGUCGCCUAAAGCUCUUUAUUUUAUGUAGUUGUGACAAUUCAGUGUUGAAUAAAAGUAUCUCUAUGUCUG